GUCGUCCUGCAUCUCUUUGCCCUCUCUCCUCUCUCUCGUAUCUGUCCCUGGUCUCCUCCGUCUGUGGACUCUGCCUUGUUCCCUUGACGGUGACCUGAUCAUCCAGAAAGGUCUUUUGAGUUCGUUGAAUAUCUCGCUGUUCAUCCCGCUGGACGACACCGGAAGUGGGCCUUCGUCUCCAUAGAUAAGCAGCCGUCUAUAAACAUCAUAUCGUAUAUACAACCUAGGUGUCCCAUCAUGCUCCCAUCUAGAGACACUAUUGUCAAUGCCUUCGGGCCCCAGCACCCUCUUAGCCACCCCAAGCAGGAGCCUUCGGUGGCCCCGGAAUCGUUGAAACGGGAGCCUUUCCCGGCCUGGAGUGCAAUUGAUGAUGCGAAGAAGAAGGCCGAUGCCUUUGCUAAAGAGGCCGCGCGGGAAUACGACGUCGCGAGCCAGAGGGUGCAGGCACGCACUGGCCAUAUCGAGCCAUGGACGGCCAAGUAUUAUGCCUCCUGCACCUUUGGUGGCAUGCUCGCCUGUGGUCUGACCCACACAGCGGUAACGCCGCUGGAUCUUGUCAAGUGCCGUCGGCAGGUUGAUCCCAACCUGUACAAGAGCAAUGUGGAGGGCUGGAAAGCCAUCCGCCAUGCAGAAGGCCUGAGGGGCGUGUUUACUGGCUGGAGCCCGACUUUCUUCGGAUACAGCGCCCAAGGUGCAUUCAAGUACGGUGGCUAUGAAUUCUUCAAGAAGUUCUACAGCGACCUUGUCGGAGAGGACAGAGCAGCUCGCUGGAAGACUUCCCUUUACCUGUCGGCUAGUGCGUCGGCGGAGUUCAUCGCGGAUAUUGCCCUCUGCCCAUUUGAGGCUGUCAAGGUGCGCAUGCAGACCACCAUCCCACCCGAAAUCAAGGGAACCUUCAGCGGUAUUUCUGGUGUUGUUGCCAAGGAAGGCACUGGCGGUCUUUUCAAGGGACUGUAUCCUCUGUGGGGCCGGCAGAUCCCGUACACGAUGAUGAAGUUUGCGUCAUUUGAGACCAUUGUCGAGGCCAUCUACAACUACCUCCCCGGGCAAAAGUCGGACUACAACAAGGGGGCCCAGACAGCAGUAGCCUUCACUGGUGGAUACCUGGCCGGUAUCCUCUGUGCCAUUGUGUCUCACCCAGCGGAUGUAAUGGUCAGCAAACUGAACGUUAACCGGUUGCCGGGCGAGGCCUUUGGAGCGGCGAUGGGCCGGAUCUACAAGGAUAUCGGCUUCGCGGGACUGUGGAACGGACUGCCGGUUAGGAUUGUCAUGAUUGGUACUCUGACCGGUCUCCAGUGGAUGAUCUACGACGCCUUCAAGAUCUUCAUGGGUCUCCCGACGACCGGAGGAGGACCUGCCAAAAAGGAGCAGAAGUAGGCCUGAACGCGUUGGUGGAGGGUUGCAUGGGCUGUGUGUAUGAAAGUUUGAGAUAUGAUUGUCUGAUAGUGUGUAGCGCAUGGAAUCCAUUCUCUCUGCUCCCAG